UGAUAGCGACACUAUUUCGGACAGGAUUCUGUGCACAGUCCGGACAAUGAGUCAGUCUCCAGUACUUCCGGAAAAAGAUUCCUACGGACAGCUUAGUGAUGGCAGGGACGUGUACAGGUACUCGUUUACCAACAGUGAAAAGGUGACGGUAAGAGUGAUCGAUUAUGGCUGUGUAAUCACUGACAUCUUAGUACCUGACAAAGAUGGCAACAUAGACGAUAUCAGUAUUGGAUAUGACAAAAUCGAGGACUAUGAACCAAACCCGAGAUGUUUUGGCUCCAUCUGUGGAAGAGUUGUUAAUGUGAUUUCUAACGCCAAAUUUGUCCUGGACGGAAAAGAGUACAAACUUCCUGCUACAUUCUCCAGCUACGAAAACGAGGAAUCCAAACAUGCCAUCCACGGGGGAGUCAAAGGCUUUCACUUGAAAUUGUUUAGUUCGUGGAUUGAAGGGGACAAAGUUAAUAUGAAGUACGUGAGCCCUGAUGGAGAGGAGGGGUACCCAGGGGAGCUAACGACUAUUGUUUCAUACCAACUGACCAAUCAGAACGAGCUUGUGAUCGAAUACAAGGCUACUACAAACAAACCAACCAUAGUGAACUUUACAAACCACGCCUACUUCAAUUUGCAAAAACAUGAUUACCCAAACAUUGACGAUCACGUCCUGCAGAUCAGUGCAGAAAAAUACACAGUCAACAAAGAGGACGAUAUUUUUAUUCCAUCAGGAGAGUUGCGGGACGUGGCUGGAACACCUUGGGACUUCCGGAAACCCGUGAGGUUCCGAGAUAGACUGAAAGAUGGGCCGCAUGGAAAGGGGUUCUUCCACAACUUCUGUUUAGGAGAGUCAGGACCCCUCAAACAUGCAGCGACGUUAGAUCACCCUCCCACGGGAAGACGAAUAGAAGUGAGGACGACAGAGCCAGGAAUGCAUCUAUACACCGGAUGUAACACCAUUCCCCACACCAAGGGGAAAGAGGGCGCUGUGUACGAACCUUUCUGUUCUAUUUGUUUAGAGACACAACACUAUCCGGACUCGCCUAACCAUGAGAAUUUUCCAAGUAUCGUGUUGAGGCCAGGAGAACAAUUCUACAGCAAGACCAUCUAUAAAUUCACUUUGAUACCACAGUGAUCUAGAUUAACUUUAUCAAAUGUAAUUAUUAUUUUUUUGCAAUAUUGAAACUUUAC